AUGAAGACAUUGCAAAAAGUGCAGAAAAUUAAUAGGGUCACUGAUGGAACACUAAAUCUGAGUCUGUUAUAUGCUAGGGAUGAAAAGUGUACUGAUCCUAUAAUUGGUUAUGUGGCCUCUGAUUGGACUGGUGACAAAGUAGACAGAAAGUCCACAAGUGGCUAUUUUUUCAAAUUUUUGGGUUGCAGUGUUUCGUGGGCAUCUAAGAAGCAACACACAAUGCCUCUGUUGUCAACAGAAUCUGAAUUUGUAGCCUUAAGCAUGGCAACUAGUGAAGCCUGUUGGCUCUGUAAUUUAAUUCAUAGGUUUUCUGGCAGUCAAAGAGCUGCUGUAUUUCAUGAAGGCAAUGUAUCAGUAAUAAGCCUUUGGAAGAACCUACAGUUCAAUCAUAAACAAAAGCACAUAAAUGUGAAAAAAAAAUUUAUCAGAGAGAACGUUUUUACUAAGAAAGUUAUGUUAAAGCACAAUAGCACAAAUGAGCAAUAA